AUGAAGAUCACUAUUGCUUUUCUUGUGAUUAUUAGCCUGUGCUUCGCGUGGCAAGUAUACGCGACUGCCAACUGCACGGCAACGGGCCCCGGGCGUUACAGGGAGCCAACUGAUACUGCCUGCAAGAACUACACCCUGUGUGUCUACAUAAGUGCCAACAACACAUACUUGGCAUACAAUUAUGUGUGUCCCACGACUUCUCUCUUCAACCCUAACGCGGGACUCUGUACCAGUAAUUAUACUUGUACCACCGCAGCUGGCUCAUUUCAGAUGCUGUCGGUAUGCGCAUGGCAGGCGCACGCCGUCGUCAACUGCACGGCCACUGGCGCCGGCCGUCAAGCCGACCCCGACGACGCGACCUGCAAGAACUACACGCUCUGCGUCUACGUCAGCAGCACCAACAGCUACGUCUCCUACAACUACGUGUGCCCCACUACGUCACUCUUCAGCCCCACCCUCGCCCAGUGCACCUCCACAUACACCUGUACUGCCAACACCACCAACACAACCACAUCAGUCUGCACAGCCGACGGUUUCAUCGCAGACCCCAACUCCUCAAACUGCUCCUCUUACAUAGAAUGUGUGAACAUCAACGGAACUUAUACCGAAACCACUUACACCUGCCCUGAUACUACUUUCUACAAUCCUAAUACAACUCUCUGUGAUGCUACUUAUAAUUGUACGACUACUAGUACUUUCUCGUGUACGGCUGCUGGUAGAUUUGCCAAUACUGAUGAUACAACGUGUCAGAGUUACUAUUACUGCGUACUCCUAGCUAGUGGGGCCUACACUCAGUACAAUUAUACCUGUCCUAGUACUUCGUUGUUCAACCCCAAUAGUGCGCAAUGUACGGCAACUUAUACUUGUACUAAUUUGUUAUGCAGUAUGUGGGUUGUGCAAGCAGCCGUCGAUUGCAGAUCAAAAGGUGCUGGUCGAUUUGCAGACCCGGAUGACGACAAAUGUAAAAACUACACUCUAUGCAUUUACGUGAAGACCUCAGACAGCUAUCUGGCGUACAACGCCGUCUGUCCGAGCAUAUCGCUGUUCAACCCUCACGUGUCCAGAUGCACUGCGCCUUCCAACUACAAAUUCAACAUGCUAAGAAGGAUUAAUGUAGCUGUUUUCCUCCUUUUUAUCGCAGUAUGGACCACAAACGCAGCUACCACUCAGACAUCUUCAAGCGACAGGCAAUCAUCAUCUGAUAGAAUCAAUUUAUCAAACUCAACUGGGUACAUAACAAAUGUGACUUCUGUUGUUAUAUCAACCGCUUCAAAAAGUGCAAACAUCAGUGAUGCGUCAACCAUUGAAGAUGGAUCUAUCACAUUUUCUGCUAACACAACGGAAAAUUCUGUCAUAGAGAAUGUUGCCAGUGCAGUCAAUACUUCGAAUGUUGAAGCCACUUCAGAAGCUAAUGUUACAACGACACUGUUGUCCAAUUCUACGAUAGACAACUCUAACCUCACGAUAUCUACGAAUACUUUGACCACACUAACUUCGAGCUCAACUAAUUCUACAAAUGCAACUUCAGCUCUGUCUGUUGAGAGGUCACUGAAUACAACAGACCAAUUACAAAUGAAUAUAGAGAAGAUCUCUGAUAACAGUACAGAAAAUUCCACAUUGGAUUCUUUGAGUUUAUCUAAUAAGACAUUUAGUUUUGAUACAGCAGAGUAUACAAAUUUAACGGAAACGUCGGAUUCCUCUAUUUUAACUAACUCAAAUUUUGUUAAUAGUACAAAUAUUACAGACACUUCAAGUUCAUCUGUAUCUUCCGACUACUUAGUAUCUCUUGAUGUAAAUACAACAAGCUUCGCGAACUCUACGUAUAUUGCAGAUGGAACAAAUUCAACAAGUUUUCUGGACUUAGAAGAGACAGAUAUUUCAGACACUACGAAUUCUUCCCGAUCAGCAAACAUCACUGGGCAAAAUAUUUAUAAUUCCUCAGCAAGUAACAUAGAAAUUUCUAAUAUUACCAUAACUCAAGAUGCUUCUAACAUAUCGACUAUAAAUUCAGCAAGCUCAAUAGAUUCAACUUAUGAAUUAGCUUCAAUAAAUUCAGUAAAUUCAACGGAAAACGAGACUUCGUCAUCUUCACAAACAUUAAAUUUGUUUACUUUGACAAAUAGUUUAAAAGAGAAUACGUCUUUGGCGACAUAUGAUACUUAUAUUUCCAACACAUUGAAUACAACAGUGUCAUCUAAUACGACUUCUGGUUCAGAAGAUGAAACUUCAGAAAAUUCAAUUAAGUCUACGAGCGAUUCCAAAUCAGAUACAUCAAAUAUUACAACAUCGAUUGAUCGAACAGACAAUGCCAGCGCACAGUCCACACGAAAUACUUCAGAAAUCCUCACAUCCACAAAUACAAGUGAUUCCCAAGCCGUUUCUAGUUUGAAAGCUAAUUAUUCGUCCAAUCUGACAAACAGUUCUGAAAAUGAGAAUUCUGCUAAUUUGACAGAAGCUUUAGAUUCCUCUAUUUUGAAAACAAAUAAUUCUACAAGUAGUUUAAAUGAAGAAAAUGUUUAUAAUUCAUCAUAUACAACGGGUGUUUCAAUAUCAUCGUUAGCGAACUCUACAAGUUUUGUAGAUUCUGAGUUUGAUUUGGAUUCAAAAAACGCGUCUGGAACAUCGAAUGCAACAGAAAUAUCUACAUCAGAAACUUUAAAUUCAACUAUUUCUACGGAUAACACGCACUAUGCAGGAGCUUCAAACUUUACUACAACUGUCGAAAGUAGUAACAUUAACAAUUUGCAAGGUUCUACAGUUUCUUUAAAAUCAGACGCUCUUUACUCUUCGAAUUCAUCAUUAGCGUUUGAUAUUACCAAUUCAAAUAAUUUAACAGAUAUUUUGGAUAGUUCUAUAUUGAAAAUUGAGCGUUCAGUAAAUUCAAGUAACACAGAAGAUACGGACAAUAUUUCUAGCUUAGAAACUGCUGUGAAAUCAGGCACAUCAAACACUACAGUUUCAAAUAAGUCAGCAAUUCAGACCAAAGUGAAUGAUUUCUUACGUUCAAGUAAUACGACUGAUGUCUUAACUUCAGAGGCGAUAAUUUCUUUAAAUUCAACAGCAGUGUCAGAUUUAUUGAAUUCAACUUAUACAGUUAUUAAUACGGAGUUAUCAAAUUCUGUAAGUGAUAGUUCAAACACUACCAAUAUAAUUGAAAAUUUAUCAAACUCUACAUCUACUACAACUAGUGCACGAUCCUCGAGUACGUCAUUACCCACAAGUAGUUCGAAUUCAAGUAGUUCCGUAGAAUCUUCUGAAUCUGCAACAUCUAAUAUCAAUAACUCUGUAAGCUCAUUAGCUAUUCAGAAUACUACAACUUCAAUAUCAACCGAAGAUAUAGAAACAACUUAUUCUACGGAUACCAUGGCUCUUAAAAAUUCCACUAGUGUUAUAGACACGGAAAUCGACACAAUUACAAAAAAUAACACUGGAACAACAGUAACUACAGUCACUACGGAUAGUGCUGAUAACUCGACCGUAACAACAAUUGUAACUACAAAUAUGACUAUAACAAUUAACGAUGAUCUAACAAAUAUAACAGAAGUUAUUGUUGUGACCAACAUAACAAGUAACACCAAUACUACAGAAGAUACGAUUACUAGUGACAUCACCGACAAAAUAACUACCGUUAUUUUUACGAACACUACAAUAAUAACAACGAUUUUUGAUGGAAACGAAACUACGGUAACCACUUCAACAUUGAACAGUACUGACAUUAUUGUAACUACGUCUGUUAAUGACUCAACAAAUUCUACAGCGACCAUCAUUUCUAGAAACGAUACCGAUAGAACUACUUCCGUGAGAACUUCUAAUGUUUCCAAUAAGACACUCAGUAGUGAAUCAACGAAUACGACAACAUUACUAAGAGUUUUAAAUGAUACAGAAAGUACUGAUACUGACGAUUCAUCUGGCAAUAACACAAAUUCUACUACGUUCUGCACCUCACAAGGUUACUUCGCAGAUCCUAGUUCCACGAAUUGCACUUCUUACAUUGAAUGUAUUGAAGACGGAGACGAGUACACCGAAACGGCAUACACUUGUCCCGACAGUUCCCUUUAUAACCCUAAUACAACUUUGUGCGAUUUUGACUACGAAUGUCCAAUCGAUUCAAACAAUUCAACUGAUACUUCCGACACCGAUGAUUCAUCUACCAACAACACAAAUUCUACUACGUUCUGCACCUCACAAGGUUACUUCGCAGAUCCUAGUUCCACGAAUUGCACUUCUUACAUUGAAUGUAUUGAAGACGGAGACGAGUACACCGAAACGGCAUACACCUGUCCCGAUAAUUCCCUUUAUAAUCCUAAUACAACCUUGUGCGAUUUUGACUACGAAUGUCCAACUGAUUCAAACAAUUCAACUAAUACUGCUGAUACUGGUGAUUCAUCUACCAACAGCACAAAUUCUACUACCUUCUGCACUUCACAAGGAUACUUCGCCGACCCUAGUUCUACGAACUGCACUUCUUACAUUGAAUGUAUUGAAGACGGAGACGAGUACACCGAAACGGCGUAUACUUGUCCCGACAGUUCCCUUUAUAAUCCUAACACCACCUUGUGCGAUUUCGACUACGUAUGCCCCACGGAUUCGGAUGGUUCUGAUGAUUCCUUCACAUGCUCAACAUCUGGAAGAUUCGCUAAUAGCGCUGAUACAUUCUGCCAGAAUUACUACAGCUGUGUGCAGUUGGCUAACGGAACCUUUGUCUUGAGUGAAUACACCUGCCCCACUGGAUCCGUAUUCGACCCCACUAACAAAUAUUGUACAACGAAUUAUGUUUGUGCUUCUUGAAUACUUUUUUUUCAGAAUCUACAAGCCGAAUGUAUUCUAUGAUAUUUAAUGAAUCAGUAUUAAUUUUAGUAGCGUUAAUACUAUUAAGAACAUCUCACAAGUAUUCAUUCUACUUUAUUAAACACUUUAUAGAUCUUGGCUGUGCAAUAAGGAGAUAAUUGUAAGCUGCCGUCAAAAUUAUGUAUGCAAAACUGUUGUUGUCCAAAUUAAAACAUAUAGAAGUUAAUAUAA